AGUGGGGAGUUGAAUAGCGUUCACGGAAUAAAUAUUAUGGUUCUGUAGUAUCAGCGCUGUCGCGGUACUUUACCUGUUACGUAUCAGUCGUACCAUUUGAGAAAUCAGAAAUGAAUUAAUUUAUGUUAAUUACCCUGUACUAUAUGUCGCGCGGUAUUAUAACAAAAGUGUCACCUGAAAAUUAUAUGAAUUAGUGGAUUUUUUUAUAAUAGUUGUGUUGUUUUUUUUGCGAAUAACAGAAGGACUCUGGCAAGCAAAGGAUAAAUAAAGUUACUCAUAAAUAUACCACAGAAACAAUGUUGGGGUUGAAAGCCAUCCGUGAGGACACACGCAUUGACAUUUUGGUAUAAAGAGGAGAACACAUCAAGUACUAUGAAUGCCUUGCGAUUGAAAAGGCAAUUAGUUACCCACUUGUAAGGCUUACUUGAUAGCCCAGAAGACGGAAGUAUUUUAGUUCACAAUUAAGUUUCAGAUGGCGAGCAAAAUAUAUCAAGCCCUUAAACGUAGAAAAAGGAACGACCAAUCAGAGGGCUCCACACAACUUUCGCGAUGCCUGAACCUGUUUGACCUGACAGCGCUAGGAGUAGGAGCAACUUUAGGAUUAGGAGUUUACGUACUGGCAGGGUCCGUGGCCAAAACAACUUCGGGGCCGGCAGUGUGUCUGUCUUUCUUGGCAGCUGCGGUUGCUUCUGCAGUGGCGGGUCUGUGCUAUGCAGAGUUUGCCGCAAGAGUGCCAAGAGCUGGAUCUGCGUAUGUAUACAGCUACGUGGGAGUGGGCGAAUUUGUGGCGUUUGUGAUUGGAUGGAACCUUUUGCUUGAAUACGUAAUAGGUACGGCAAGUGUAGCACGAGGCCUAAGUAACUACAUCGAUGCCUUGGCAGAUAAAAAAAUUAGAGAUACUCUCACAGAAUGGAUGCCCAUGGACGUUGAGUUUCUAUCGUCCUAUCCAGAUUUCUUUUCGUUUAUAUUUGUAAUGUUGUUUACCGCUCUCUUGGCUUUUGGCGUAAAGGAAUCUUCAAACUUGAAUAACCUGUUCACCGUACUAAACUUGGCUACUAUUUGUAUCGUACUUGUUGCAGGAGCAAUAAAAGGUAAACUACAUACAUCUGACAUUAGCAACUGGAAGAUCCUCCCGGAAUCUAUCCCAGAGGAAUACCAAUCAGCCGCUGGAAAAGGAGGCUUCCUCCCUUUCGGUGUGUCAGGAGUCAUGGCGGGAGCCGCCAAAUGCUUCUAUGGCUUCGUCGGGUUCGAUUCCGUGGCUACAACGGGCGAAGAAGCCAAGAAUCCACAAAGAGAUAUACCACUGGCAAUUGUAUUCUCGCUUUUUAUUACUUUUUUGGCUUACUUUGGUAUAUCUACGAUUCUUACGAUGAUUUGGCCAUACUACCUACAAGAUCCAGAUGCGCCCCUUCCAUACGUUUUUGAACAAAUAGGCUGGCACACCAUUAAGUGGAUUGUGACCGUUGGCGCUAUCUUUGCCCUGCUCACGAGUCUCCUAGGGGCCAUGUUUCCCCUACCUAGAGUUGUUUAUGCGAUGUCAUCGGAUGGUCUUAUUUUCAAGUUUUUGGCCAAAGUCUCACCGAGGACUAAAACGCCAUUGCUCGCGACGGUGUUAUCUGGACUUCUGUCAGGUAUAAUGGCAGUCCUUUUCAACCUUGACCAGCUUAUUGACAUGAUGUCUAUUGGAACCCUAUUGGCUUACACAAUUGUAGCUGUAUCUGUUUUGAUUAUGAGGUAUCAGGUAGAUGAAACCAAGGCUACUUAUCCUGACAUAACAAUGACAAAAAUAGAAGAAACUGUAGAAGAAUCCAUAUACCAUAAGUUCAAGUUUAUAUUUAAUUUGAACAACAAUAAAUACCCCUCAGUUGAAACUUCUGGUGUAGUCACUUGGAGUAUAUCUCUUUAUAGUAUUUUCACGGUACUAUUCUGCGUAGUAUUCAUCAAUGGCAAAGACUUAUUAUCGGAACCAUUCUUCGUACUAGCUUUAGUGAUAGCUGCGAUUGCUAUGCUCACAACUCUGGUAGUUAUUGGCAGGCAACCCACGGUGGACGAAAAACUUACUUUCAAGGUACCCCUGGUGCCACUUAUACCUUGCCUAAGCGUACUAUUCAACGUAUAUCUAAUGCUGGAGUUAGACCUACAUACUUGGAUAAGGUUUUCAAUAUGGUUAUUCUUAGGUUUCCUGAUAUACUUUUUCUACGGAAUAAAACAUAGUGAAGAAAAUCCAGAUAACAAAAAAGAAGACGGUCCUAUAUCAUAUUCCGAGGCUGUUGACAAACAAGAUACAAAAUUCUAGGAAUCCUCAUUUUUUUAAAAUGAUUCCAAGCCAGUGUCUAGUAAUGCAUGGUAGGACUGAGCAUCAUCAUGAUCGACAAUAAUGUCCUCUGAUCUAUUACUUAUAGUUGAAUUAUGUAGCAAACACACAUUAUAACAGUGCAAUGCUAACUGUGUACAAAUAGCAUGGAAAAAGCCUUAUCUUAACAGCGAUUCUAUAGUAAAUUCUUUUAAGACAAAUUGCAAGCCCUCAAAUGUUUAGUACAAACUAUGUGAUGUAUUUUACAUUCAAAAUCAGAGUUCUAUCGUGUAGGUUCUUGAAAAUGCCUUGGUUUGGAAUACUCUCUUUUAUCGGAAUGACAAUAUUGCCUAUUUUUUGAGUGCCUACAAUCCAUCCUAAGCCAAGAUAAAGAGAUAAUCUACUCUGUACUGGUCGACAACAGACCACGCGAUCUGUAUCGGAUUCAGCAAUGACUGCUGCCCUGUUGCUGAGCGAUCAGGUAAAACGUAUUUGUUAUGUUUUACUAUUAUUUAACGUAUUCCAGCCGAAGAUAUCCUAUUAAAAUAGCUACUAGAAAAUCCAAGGAUGUAUUGAGAGUCCCAAUGCCAUCUAUGAGUCUGUAGCAAAACCAAACACUCUAACUUUUCUCAAAGUGAAUUUCUUAAUUAAUUUUUGUGCUCUUCUACUGCCUUAUAUUAGGCGCUAGAGUCUUCCAGAUCCUUUGAUGUUCACCGGAGUACAGUACAUUGUUUUCUAUCCCAGUAAUAAUUGAUGGUUUCUCUCUAUCUUGGAUUUUGACCGAGCUUAGAAAUGGCACUUUAGCUUUAUAUCGCAUAUCGCUUUCUGUAAGCAUACUCUUGAAGCUUUACAAAAAAAAGACAAAUGUACUGAUUGAUGAUUGUUAGAUUCGUUUGUUGUUGUAAAAAAUGCUUUACGUUGUAGUAUAAGUUAAGGAAGGUACUUAAUAUCGUUCUUGUACUUAAUAGUUACUGAGUCCUUAAUGACUAAACAGUAUUAUUAGGGCAACGCAAUAAUUAUGUCAUUGAUUAUAUGUUUGUUAAAUACGUGAAAUGCUCAUACUUUGAUGUUAUCGUACAUCAGGCCGGCGGCAGCCAUACUUUUGAUGUACAGUAUGGAUCGUCAAAGGUUGUGAAGUAUGGAUUUUCGUGACGUUGUGAUAGAUAUUUAUAAUUUUAUUUAAACUUAGUGCUUAGUGUAAAUAUUUUUUUAUAUAAUAAAUGUUUUCAGUGAUCAUAUA